AUGAUUAAUUUUUUAUUUGAAAGAGAAAUAGGUAGAUCAAAUGAAAGAAAAGAAAGAUGGGAUCAAAUAAAUAGAAAUUUUCAUCAUUUAGAUCUAUCAGUUUAUAGACAAAUACAAACUUAUAAUAAAGGUCCCAUCAACCAAAUGGAUAUUGAUGUAGCCGAAAAUCGAUAUUUAUUAUCAGUAUCGGGUGAUGGUGUUAUUCAAAUUUAUGACCUUUAUGAAAAUUUAUUAAAUAAUAAAAUCAACGAAAAUAGAAAUGAAGAAGUGUUUACAAAUAAGAUCGAAUUUCAACCAAUACUUAAUAUAAAUAGAAAGAAUAGUCAAAUUCAAAACAAUGUGAACCAAUAUAGUAAUACACUACUAAAAGGUAUUUCCACAUGUCAAUGGUAUCCAAUGGAUACUGGUAUGUUUUUUACAGGUGGUUUAGAUGGCUGUGUGGAUAUAUGGGAUACAAACGAAGCCAUGAUAUCGCAAACUUUUAAUUUAGAGUAUCAUAUUAACUCUAUAUCCUAUUCAAUAAUCAACAGCUCAAGCCUAACAAUAGCUGCAGCCACUGCCGACCAAAAAGUUAGAAUUUGUGACAUACGUACCAAUAGCUCGGUUCAUUGCUUAACAGGCCACCGUGAAAGUGUUAUUGCUGUUAAAUGGUCGCCCUAUAGUCCCUAUUUGAUAGCUACUGGUUCAAAAGAUAAAACUAUAAGAUUAUGGGAUGUACGUAGAAGCGAUACAUUUUUAUUAGCCUUUGAUCAAUAUAAUGGUGGUAGUGAUAGUAUUGCGAGUAGCAGCAACGACAGCAGCACAUUUAGUGACAUGAACGAAAAUAGUGAUAGAAACAAUUUAAAACAAACCAAACGAUACCGACAAAAACUACAUAAACCAAAUACAAUCCAAAGUGGUAAAAAUUCAGUUUUAGAGAAAAAGAAAGAUCAAAUUCAACAAUACUCACACAAUCAAGGUGUAAGAAGAGAGGUUCCAUUUGCACAUAAUGGAACUAUUACCUCACUAGCAUGGACUCCUGAUGGCGAACAUAUAGUUAGUACUGGUAAUGACAGUAAAAUACAUUUAUGGGAUGUUCAAAAGGGUAAAAAAGUAUUAGUAGACUAUCCGCAUUCACAUAAUGUAAAUAAAAUACCAAAUCAAAUGUCGCUCUCUUCUGAUGGCAAAUAUAUUAUUCAUCCAAAUUCCAGAACCAUCCAUGUCUACGAAACUGCAACUGGCAAACUUGUUAGGCAAUUAAAAGGACACUUUGAAAGAGUGAAUUGUUGUGUAUAUUAUCAAUAUGAUGAAGCUAUUAUAAGUGGUUCAAAUGAUAGAUUAAUACUAUAUUGGGAUACCUCAAAUGAUGACCAAAAUGAAAACAUAGAAUUUAUAAAACAAUCAAAAAAAGACAAUUUAGAAAAACAAUCAUCAUUACUAUAUAAUCAUGAUGAUAGCGAUGAAGAAAAUAAUAAUAAUAGUAAUAGCAAUAUAAAUAACAAUAAUAAUAAUAUAAAUAAAAUAAUCUCAACACAGAACCCAACCUUACCAGAUGAGGACAACUGGAGUGAUGAAGAACAAAAUUAA